AUGGAAGUGGAACCCUCACAAAUUCCUCUGCAACCCCUCUCCAAUACAAGACACAAAUGUCCAGCUUGUUACAAGCAGUGCAAGAAGAAGGAGCAUAUUAUUGAACAUAUGCUAACAUCUCAUCAUUCGGUUCAUGACCCUAAAUGCGGUGUGUGUAACAAACAUUGCAAAUCAUUUGAAUCACUAAGGGAGCACAUUUUUGGUCCAUUGGCCAAAGUGAAUUGUUCAAGCAUCUUUGCUGAAAGAGACUGCAUUUUGUGUCUGAAAAUCUGUAGCAGCGUGGACUCUCUCAACGAGCAUAAGGAAACAUGUCAUCUUACCACUCCUCAACCCAUUGAGACAGUGGAGAUUCAUCGUUCAGCAAACGAAAUGAUCAACAUAAGAAGUCAGGAAGUAGUCGCCAUAUGUUGUGUAAUGGUUGGAGGUGAUUGGUCACAAGAACUUUGCGCAAGGGUAUGCCUAGUUGACGAAGAUGAGAAUAUUAUUUUUCAGACUUAUAUUCUACCUCCGACUCCUGUGGCUGAUUAUAGGUAUGAAAUUAUUGGUAUAUCAGAAAAUAAUCUACAAGAUGCCAUGCCUUUGAAUGAAGUCCGAGAGAGAAUUCAGCAGAUUCUUUACAGCGGAGAGCCAAUUGGUAGAGUACUUGUGGGCCAUAACCUUGAGAAACAACUGCAUUGCUUGAAGAUGUCUUAUCAUGAUCAUCUUCUGAGAGAUACUGCAACAUACCAGCCCCUGAUGAAGACCAACUUUUUCAGCCAUUCUCUGAAAUAUCUAACCAAGACUUAUCUAGGAUAUGACAUCCAAGUUGGUUUCCAUGAUCCUUACCAAGAUGCAGUGUCUGCGAUGCGGUUGUACAAGAGGAUGUGCUCACAGGACCACCCAAUGGUUUGGGUUUCAAUUUCACCAAGUCAACUCAUUAUCGGUUGCUCUAAUCCAUGGAAAUCCGUGGCACACGAGAGAAUGACAAUAGAGGAGCUCUUAGCAAUAUCCAGAGCAAACUAUCAGUGUUGGUGUCUUGAUUCACAGGAUUGAAUAUACAUUUAAUCUGAGAAAGUUUCCAGCUCCAACUGCGCGACACUAAAGCAAGAAUAUGUUAU